CGAGCCGCCAGCUUUUCGUUUGGGCUGACCAUCGGGCCAUUGGCUAUUGAGUAGUUGGGCUAGAGAGUACAAUUGGGAUGGGCUCAUAUUGUUUGCCCACUUUUUAUUUGCGGCCCAAAAUAAUAACCUCGUGUGGUUGAAAUGAACCAAUAUCCGUGCGGAUUGGCGGCGGCGGAGCAGUGAAAUUUCCCUCAGCCGUGAACAAUUCAAUUCUACACAUUCAACACCUUGCAGCUUCCUCCUCCCUCGGUCGCACCCAGAGAAAGCAGCCAUGGCGGUUUCUUACUCUUCCUCACUGUCGAGCUUCGCCGCCGCCGCCGCAUUUGCUGAAACGAAGGCUUCCAUCGCUCCGGCCUCUUCACAAGCAGUCAGAUUUGCCUCCAUUUCUUCGGCGCGCCCGUUCAUCGCCCCUCUGACAUCCAACUCUACCGUCCACCGCAACCGACGCGCAUCCUUCGUAGCCCCACGCGCCGCCGCCGAAUCUCACUCCUCACCUACCUCCUUCCAUGGCCUCUGCUACGUCGUCGGCGACAACAUCGACACCGACCAGAUCAUCCCCGCCGAGUACCUAACCCUCGUCCCUUCCAACCCCGCCGAAUACGAGAAGCUCGGCUCCUACGCCCUAAUCGGCCUCCCGGCUUCCUACGAGAAGAGAUUCAUCGAGCCAAACGAGACGAAGACGAAGUACUCCAUCGUGAUUGGUGGAGAGAACUUCGGGUGCGGCUCGUCUCGCGAGCACGCUCCGGUUGCUCUGGGGGCUGCGGGAGUGGCGGCGGUGGUGGCGCAGUCGUACGCGAGGAUCUUUUUCAGGAACUCGGUGGCGACGGGGGAGGUGUAUCCGCUGGAGAGCGAGGUUAGGGUUUGCGAAGAGUGCAGGACUGGGGAUGUGAUAACGAUUGAGCUGGGCGAGAGCCGAUUGAUCAAUCACACGACCGGGAAGGAAUACAAGCUGCAGCCGAUUGGGGACGCCGGUCCGGUGAUUGAGGCCGGCGGGAUUUUCGCGUAUGCCAGGAAGACUGGGAUGAUUCCACAAUCAGCUUAAAAUCAAUCUUCAGGUUUUUCUUUCAACUCUUUUGAGAUGCCAGCUGAAGUUCAGCUCAUUCUAGUUUUUCAUAGUUGCAGCUAUUCUUUAAUCCCUGUCCUGUACCUUUCUGUUUGAGUAUUGGACUGACUGAGUUCCCAAUUAACAUGGGUUGUAAGACACCUGAGUAUGGAAUUCGGUGUUAGAAAUCUGUUAAUGCAAGAAAGUCUUCAGCUUUUUUUCGAAAGACCUCGCUAACUGAGACUCUGAGAGCCUGUCUAUUAUUUGUUUUGUAGUAGUACUAACUCAACAACUGCUGUAAGACGGGACAUAGGAGAUUGCAGAUUAAGACUGGCUAGCAUGCUUGAUUACGGUGAUUAGCUGAAGAUGGAUGUGGAAGUCACUUUUGAGUAUAUAUUAGCAUUUAGUAAGUGUAACUGAUAAGGAGUAAGUCGGUUGCAUCGGAACCGAAUACUUCAUUAACUGAUAGGUAGGCUAUGUAUAAGACUGUGCUGCUGUAGAACAUAUUUGUUGCAUGUGUGAAAGGUUGGAUAGGCGACUCCAUUAACAGAAGUGAGCAUAAGAUUCUUACAGGUAGCACUCUUGUUUCUACAGAAUGCUAUGUCUAGUUUUGGUAAUAACUACUAGUUCGUACUUUUUUCAGUGGUGACUUGUAUUCUGUAGCUAUCCCGUCAUUCUUGUCCAUUGAAUGCCAGUUCUAUCACUACCUUUCAUAGGUCAUACUUGUCAGUUGUAGUGGUUCCGAGUGAAGUAAAGAUUAAUAGUCAGAGUCUAUUUAAGCCUGGACCAGAAGUUAAUCUCAUUGGCCUGUUGAUUAACAGAAGUUGGCUACCUGAAUUAGAAAUCGUUUUACUCAAUCCCCAGUUAGUGUCUGGGAACUAUUAUGGAAAACAAAAUUGUAGAACCAUUGGGGUCAAGUGGGAUGAGUCUAUGAAGAUUAUGCUGUGUCAAUGUGAAGGACGUCAAGUUAUAAUACUUAGUAUAUUGCAGGACAGCUUCUUAGUUUCAUUAUAAACAAUUUUUGUUAUUUGAGUGUUAGUAAUUGCUUGCCGUUUUCCACAUCAAUCCAUGAUGGUUGUGUUCUUAAGUUAUCAUCUCUAUCUCCUCAUUUUGACAGGCGUUUGCAGACUGCGUUUAGAUGCACAUUUCAGGAUUUGGUUAUUUUCCCAGAUUUCACUGUUUCCUCUUGUUGGUCAAUAGAAGAACACUUGCCAUUCUGCCUUUCCAAAAAUUUUGCCUCAACCUCUGUUUAUCGGCCAUGGCUGAACCGCAGGUGAAGAAGGACUGGAUGGUGGAAGGGCGUUGGUGUUCCAGUAGCUAGUUUGUUUGAAUGAUGUCCAAGAGGUCCGUUCCGUUCCAUAUGUUGCUGCAAUUUGUUCUGUUCCGUCAUCUAAGAAGGACGACUUAAAAUGUUGUAGGGUUGGUGAUUUUUUUCCCCAUCGUGUUGCUCGCUUGUAUCAGUUUUGCGCACGUACUUCGGCUACAUCUUGUUGUUAUGCAGAACAAUUAUCUCGUGUGUAUCUGCAUGCUAUUACUUGUGUGACUUUCUUCCAUCAAAUCCAAACCUUAAACAUAAACUGAUGAAGCAAUCGACUAAUCACACUUUUAAUUUGGCCAUUUUAGAUUAAGAGAGCAAAAUCACUAAUCAUGUAUAGCUAUGGACCAAGGCUAUUACGAAUGUGGAUUUCACUUUUAUGGCACCAUGCAAAUUAUUUCAUCAUUUCAUCAACCAAUUGUACAUUUUUAACUUACGAUUAUUACCACUACGAUACAGCAAAUUAUUUGUAAUUUGAUUUUCAAUCUCCUUUAUUUUUUUGGUAAAUUUUCAAUCUCCAAUAGACACUAGAUAGUGGU